AUGUGUCUCACUAUCUCCACCGUCUUGACACAUCAGCACCACGGAAUCCAUCACGUGCAGCGGUUCUCCCCGGACAACGACGUCAGCGGUAACUCGGGCAUUGCUCGAGAGGAUGUCGAGCCCCCACAGUCAACCACGAUUGCGCCGGAGCAAAAGCAACCCACUCACAUUGACUACCAGCUGGUUCUACUCGUCCCCGGGUUUCCAACUGCCUAUCUCAAACUCCAAGAACACAGAAUUUGCUGGCUCAUACCCGCUUUGUGUCACGCCUGCAGCACUAUGCAAGAACAAGUCGACCGCUUGGUAGAGAAGACAUGGGAGAAGUUUCAACAUGUCAGCAGAUCACAGCGAUUGAUGGUUGGAGUUUCCGGCAUUCCAGGCUCAGGCAAGACCACACUUGCAGCCAAAGUCUCCUACGGUCUCAAUAAGAAGCAUGCACAGACCUCUCCGGGGACAUACAAUGGCAAUCCCGUCGCAGCCUUCAUUCCCAUGGACGGUUAUCAUCUAUCCCGUGCGCAGCUCGACGCUAUGCCUGACCCGCAAACUGCACAUGCACGCCGAGGAGCUGCGUUUACAUUUGAUGCCGAAAAGUUUCUCGCGUUAGUGAAGAAGCUUCGAGAACCAAUAUUGCCGGAAACACGGACGCUGUAUGCGCCUAGUUUCGAUCACGCGAAGAAAGAUCCAGUUGCAGAUGAUAUUCCAAUCGCACCUUCGGUUCGUAUUGUCAUCUUCGAAGGCAACUAUUGUUCACUGAACCAUGGUCCAUGGAAGGAAGCGGCAGAUCUUAUGGAUGAGCUGUGGUUCGUUGAUGUAGACUUCCAAGUUGCGCGGCAACGACUGAUCCAUAGACACGUCAAGGCAGGGAUUGCAAGGAACGAGGAGGAGGCAGCCAAAAGAGCAGAUGAGAAUGACUUGGUGAAUGGACAAGAGAUUUUAAGUUCAAGGCAAGAAGUGCAUGAGGUGGUGAAGAGCAAGGAGGACCCAGAAUGGGCGCCCGAACAACAGGGCGUAGGAGAUGGUAGAGAUUAG